AUGGUUCAUCCAAGCUUUAUUCCUAGUUCUCCGUUGGUUGCAGAAGCGUGUUCGAAACAUUUUAGCAUUCUCAAAGGUAGGAGAUACACAGCCGAUCCCCUAUCUAUUCUUGUUAUCUCCAAUCCAUUAAGGUUUCCUGAAAUGAAAAAAAGGCCUGUUAUGCUUAAUGAGUCCUGGUUGCAAGUAAUCAUCUGUAAACGUGAUCAAAUAAGGGUUGGCUCUAUCUCUGAUCUCUUCGGCUUCGACCAGACGACUACUUUUCUUCAUCGAUCGCUAAGUCUCAUUCAGUAA